UACACAGUACAACAACUUUUUUAGCUACUAAAAUCUAUUUUAAAAAAUUGUUUGUUCUCCCAUAAAUUUUUACCUACCUCUGCAACCACCGAUGUGUGAUGUGCCACCGACGCAGGCAGGACUACAGUGGCAACAGCUACCUCGGUCUCCAUUUGGGCACCCAGCUGCUGCGCGCCGUGAUCCUUGACUCUAAGCUGAGUGUCACCUAUGUCGCGCAGAUUCGCUAUGACGUUGACCUGCCCGAGUUCGGUACGACCAAUGGAAUACUGCCCGACGGUGGCCCCGGCGAGUUCCUGGCCAACCCGGUGAUGUGGGUGAAGGCGCUGGACAUGCUGAUGGACUGCCUGGCGAAACAGGGAGCGGAUCUGCACUCGGUGGCCUCGAUUGCCGGAGCGGCCCAGCAGCACGGUUGUGUCUUUUGGUCGGAGCUGGGCCUGCGGCGUGUGUGCAAUUUGAAUGCGCACCUGCGACUCCACGAACAGAUCACGGAGAGCGCCUUCGAGCUGACCAGGACACCCACCUGGCGAGACACCUCCACGGAUCAGCAGGUGCGGGAAAUGGAGCAGGUUGUCGGCGGUCCGGCCGAACUUUCCAGUAUCACGGGCUCCAGGGCGUACGCCCGCUUUACGGGCCCCCAAAUCCGGAAAGUGUACACCCAGUGUCCGGAGCAGUAUGAAAGAUGCCCCAGGAUCUCUCUGAUCAGCAGCUUUUUGGCUUCGCUGCUGAUUGGCGGCAUCGCCUCCAUAGACUACACCGAUGGCUCGGGCAUGAACCUGAUGGACAUCCGGCGAAAGACGUGGUGUCCGCUGUGCCUGAAUGCCUGUGCUCCCGACCUGGCCAGGCGUCUGAUGCGGCCCAUUCCCGCGUCCCGGCUGCAAGGACGCAUUGCGGACUAUUAUGUGAAGCGGUGGCACUUUCGGCCGGACUGCAUGGUGGUGGCUUCCGCUGGCAGCAAGGCCUCCGAGCUGGCUGGUCUUCUGGUGGAGAAGGACUUCCUCAUGCUGUCGCUGGACACCAGCGACGUGGUGGUGAUGCCGCUCAAGAAGGCCCCCCAGCUGGAGGAGGGCCAUGUGAUGUGCCAUCCCACCCGGACGGAUGAGUACAUGGGCCUGCUGUGCUUCCGCAAUGGCGCCCUGGCCCGCAAGGCCGUCUGCGAGGAGGUGGUGCAGGGCGCUUGGCAGCGAUUCUACGAGAUGCUCGAUGCCACGCCCCCCGGCAACAAUGGCCAUGUGGCCAUGCACUUCCGGGAACGCGAGAUCAUACCCAUUGCCCGGGGUGUUCUGCGCUGGGCUCCCCACGUGGACAACAUGUCGCAGGAGUGCGUGCGCGGCAGCCCGCGAUUCGAGACGCCGGAGAUAGAGGUGCGCGCGUUAAUCGAAGGGCAAAUAAUGCACCACUGCGCCGUUGCCCGCGAAAUGGGCUUCCACAAGGCGGCCGACACCAAAAUCAUUGUGGUGGGCGAGGACUCGCGGAGUCAGCGCGUGCUGCAAAUCGUGGCGGAUGUCUUCAAUGCUCCCGUUUACCAGAGAACCGGCGUCGAGGUGAGCCUCUUGGGCUGCGCCUUUCGCGCCCGUUACGCCUUCUACGAGCAUCGGGAGGCCGCCUGCAACUGCCGCUCCUGCAAGAUGCCCAGGGGCAGGGCGCCCAAGCUCAGCUUUGGUGAGUUCUUCAGUGCGGUGCCCUCCGGCUUGAAACUGGCCGCAGAGCCAUCGCCUGGUUGCGAACAGAUCUACAGGCCCCUGAUUGCGCGGUGCUCGCAAAUUUGCCAGCUGCUGGCAGCCCAAACAUUGGAGUACAUCAUCGACCAGGAUCCAUAAAUUUCCCUUUGUUCCUUUCUACGUUUCUACGUUUCUACGCAACUCAAUAAAGUAAGCUAAACUAAA